AUGCCGUCCAAUCGGGUUGUAGUCCGACUCGUCCCUGGCUGCUCUGAUGGCGAUCCCCUUCACGUCCCCGCGCCGGGGAUGUACACUCGCGUCGAUCCUCCAACUCUAUAUCUAGAAAAAAUCGGCCGACAAUGGAUGGAAGCUCGCAAAGAGGCUCGGCCAGGGGUCCAGUACAUCCUUGAAGCUCUGCCAUUUGGAUACUCGCUAUGGCAGCGUCCGCGACCCUCCAACCCAGCUCAUGUCGAUCGCUAUCUAUAUGGACAUCCUGGAAAGAAGCCUUUUGACUCUCCAAAUCGCUUCUUCCCACAUUUUGAGUAUAUGAUGGAGAACGACGGGAUCGGCAUGGGUUGUCCGUGCAAGGUUUGCAGCGGCAGCGUAGGCGUCCUUCCCGGAGCUACACCAAAUAGCUCGCGGACGCGAACACCGAGUGUGACCUCGCAGAAGUCUAAUUCGUCCGCACCGAUUUCGAGUCGCCCUUCCAGCUCUCGCAGUGUUCAACCUAGCGCGCUUCCUAGCCUAGCAGCACAGCACAAAAGGCGCCUGAAGAAGAUUACGCCAGGCCUAGAUAAGAGCAACGUCGAUGGUGAGGGAACUCCGGACGUCUAUCGGAAUCUCAUUGACAAGCUCCGCCGAGACCAGCACGUGGAUGAGUCUAUUGAAGAACCGUUAAGUCCAGACUGGAGAGCAGAGCAAGAAUUGCUCCCUAGAUUACUUGAUGAUAUCAAGACGAACGAGCAAUGGGUACCACGCACCGGUGACAUUGUCUUGUAUAUUCGCUACAUACCCGACGGUGUUGAUCUAGUUCGAGACGAAACCGACACGAAAGAAUUCCGACUGUACGAUGAGCGUCGUGAGAACAACCUGGGUGCUCCGCAGUGGGUGGCCGGUCUUGUCACUGAGGCCGCCACUGGUACUACGAUUGCCGACCUUGUCGAUUCUGAUCAGCAACAGAAUGUGUCGAACACAGGCGUGCGGGUUGAGCCAAUUCCAGACCCAAACAACGUGAACAAAUCUCUUUCUAAACAGCACAAGUAUGUACCGCUACGACAAAUACGCCCGUUCGUCCUUUGGGGUGAUCUGUUGCGCCGCAUCCCUCAAGAGAAUUGGCACGUUAGCAUUAAGAAUGCCUUAGCUCUGUCAUCAACGCUCUCUCUUGUGGGUAAGCACCGCUUCCGUGGGACUUGGCCAAACACAAGCAUCUAUUGCCAUGGCAUCUACAUCGGCGCUGAAAUGCUUGGUGUUGGUGACACCGUCCGCCUGUUACCCAACAAGCGCCAGUCUAAGUGCACCGAUGUCUUGAGCAUCAAGUCUAUCCGACUGAAAUGGACCAAUCUCGAAAAAGCGUCCACCAACGACUACGAUGAAGGAAGACCAUACAACUCAGAAGUCUGGAUAUAUGGAUCUGCCUAUACGAGCGACAGCUCACGCGGCAACAAGCUUUGGGUCACCGAGCAAAACGUUGAAGCUCCGCGUGUAGCACUUGAUUAUGCGGAAUGGUUUCCACUACACCCAGCAGACAAGGAACUCGCGAUCCCUUACUCCCGCGUCCUCGGCCGCCUGUACGAGCGGGAUCCCAUGGCAUACUUUCUCAAGUCCGAUUAUGGCGAUUUUCCAACGCUCGAUGUUGGCCGACAAGCUGUAGUAGAAGCCCGGGCUUUUUCACGAAAGCAUGACCACCGCAUAGCGAAAGAGCCUGGUGCUACAUGGUACUGGGGCGACAACCGCGCUGACGCGCUGAACCUGAAGUUUGUCAACGGCCGAGAGGUCUCAAGAUUCGACCCAGACCGCGACGUCAAAGACCUCCGUAGGCAGCUGCGGGUUCUUGAUGGCGUGGCGAAUGGUGAAGCAAAGCCUGCACUGAUCAACGAGAAAGGACUCCGUAGAUUCAUGGCACCAACGUUGCCUUUGAGAUCUAGCGCACCUGAAGUACUAGACGAUUGUGGGAGCAGCCCUUCUACAGUUAGCGACAGUGGUCCCUCCCGGAAACGUACGCACGUUAUCGAUUUGGAGGACGAUCAAGAAGACGAAGACGAAGACGAAGACGAAGACGACAUUGACAACGAGAUCCGGGAACACACUAGGGUCGUCAACGAAGAUCGCGAGCGGCCUGGUAAGAAGCCUAAGGUUAUGGUGGUGGUCGGCUAG